GUACGUCGGUACCUACAAAUACUACAUCACUUAUUCAAAUUUCGCACAUUAUAUUUUACCGGCUUGACAUAAUAUUAUUAUGGCAUCGUCAAAACACGAAGACGAACCGGAGAAAACAGCGCUGACAAAUAAUGAUUCGAUUUCCGACGAGGAACCAAAUUUAAAAGGCGACUGGCCGAACAUUUUUUUAUUGUUAUUAUUGUACACGAUGCAAGGCUUGCCGUUAGGUCUAAUAAACGCCAUACCUAUAAUUAUACAAAGUAACAAAAACGUGUCUUACAAAGAUCAGGUAAAUAUUUUAUAAUAGGUAUGGACUGUAUAGUGAUAUAAUCACAUCUAAUAGUGUCUCUUAUAUUGAAUACAAAUUUUUCAUGGCGAUUUAAGGAGAUUACAUCUACUUUGAUUUUGAUUUGGCCAAUUAUUAUCUGUUAUACAAUAAUUAUUAUAUCUGAUAAUUAAUUAUUCUGUUUUAGGCUUUUUUUAGUUUGGUAAGAUGGCCGUACACGUUGAAAAUCUUAUGGGCCCCGUUUGUAGACGCACUCUACAUACACAAAAUAGGUAGACGGAAAUCUUGGCUCAUACCUCUUCAAUUUUCGAUGGGUAUGUAUUCUAAAAUAAAAAAAUAUUGUUUUCUUUACUUAGUUUUAUUUAUAUACGAGAAGCUCACAGGAUAAAUUGUACAGAGUAGAUGAGUUUCUAUAUUAUUAUAUUGCUGUCAUCUUAAAUUAGUGGUUUGGUGACAAAACUAUUUAGUGUGGAGUGAAACAUGUUUAAAGCAAAUUCUCCUUUUAAAAACUCUUACAAAAUACACAUAAAGUAAAUCGUUUUGUUAUAUCUGAUAAAAAAAGAUAACACAUAGAUUUUAGACUUCAUUAUUAUAUUUAACAAUGAUCAUUAGGAUUUCCGUAACAAUAUAAUAGAACAGAAAUUAUAAGCAUAAGGCGAUAUUUGAUGGUAGAAUAAAAUAAAAUACACUGGAGGGUGGUAGUAGCGGUUAGUAUAAUAAUAUGAAAUGUGGUUUGGUGUGUUGUGGUAUGUGUUUUGAAAACGAUGAUCAUCGGCGGCAUCGUGAGGAAAUUAUAUUAUGCUACGUUGCCACUGUGUGUAAGUAACCAAAGGUGAGCCUGUGACGUAUAAAUAUAUUAUACCUAUAUAUUAAAACCGUAUUGGGCGUGUUAUUACCGCCCAAAGGCAAUUCCACCGCGUAAAUGUGUGUAUUUAAAUACGAAUACCUAUAGAUGAACGAACGAUACCUAUCAUCAGAAAUUAUUAGCCCUGAUAAAAAGUCUUAAAUACUAUUCUAUUACAAGAAUAUAAUAAUUUUCACAUAUACCUCAUUGAUAUGAAAAAAUGCUUAAAGUUCGCUUGAAGAUCGUUGGCUGUAAUAUGUGGGGAGUAAAGUAAAAAGGUAGGUUAUGAUAAAUUUUCGUUCAUGUACGCGGAGUGAAAAAUAAUUAGGUAUAAGUGUCGAUUAACCGUCGCAAUGUGCGCACUUGUACAAUUUACUUGAAGUAAACGUUAAUACCAUAAAUACGACAUUUAGGACAUGGAAUCAAGUUAUUGGUGUCUUUUCCAGGCGUAUAGACAAUAAUGAUGUGUUAUAAAUCCGGAAUAUCAGAAAAGCAACAGCCAGUCUUCAGUUCUGCAACUACUGAAUUCGAGAGAGAAGUUUAGUUAGGUUAGGAUAAAUUCGAUAAGAAGGGGAUAUCCGUGGCCUCUUACUUUAGCGACAUAGUGUAUUAGAAUGUGGCAUCCCUAGGUGGUGUUACACGUAAUUAAUAUAUUCAACUAGAGUGUGGUGCUCCUAAAGGGCCAUGCGUGUAAUUAACAGAUGCUAUUGUUUUGGAAGUUGGUGAUUAUAUAAUGUUACAUUCGAUCGUUUAUUACACAUUUUAAAUAUUCAAUGUAUUAAAACAAUAUUACAUAAUAUUUUAUACUAUUAUUAAGGUAUUAAGAUGAGUUGUUUAAAAUUAAGCAUAACUCGACAAAUAAUUAAAAAGAUUAAGCACAUAGAGCUUACUGGCUAAUUUAUUUGCACAAUAGUAUUUACAUUAUCAUGUUACAAUAUAAUAUAAGCUAGGCACAUGAAACAUUUGCAAAAGGUACAGUAUAUUCAUUAUUCGUUUUUUAUCUAGUCUGUUACAUUGCAUAUAUUUUAUCAAGCACAAUCUAGUUAAUUAUCUAUUCUAGACGCAUAGUGAGCCAUAAUUAAUGUUGUUUGAAUCACAAAAAAAAACCUUACGUGUUAAACAGGAGGGUGCUUCCUGAUAAUGGCUAACAAUAUUGAAAAUUGGUUGCCCAAAACAGGAAGACCGAAUAUAGAAAUGCUGGUAUCAGUGUUUUUCGUCUCCAAAAUGUUGGCGGCCACUCAAGAUAUAGUUGUCGACGGUUGGGCACUGACGAUGUUAAAAAAGUUGGUCUCGAAGAAAGAAAUAAAAAAACUAUCUACCUACUUAUUACGAACUUUUAUUUUGGUAUGCAGAAAAAACAUCGGUUAUUCGUCUACGUGUGGGAUAAUAGGUUCCACAUUUGGGAUUAUGAUGGGUUCCGUGUUUUUCGUUUUGAUUACGUCCGAAGAGUUUUGCAACAAAUACCUACGGUCGAUUUCCGAUACAGGUGGUAUAAUGACAAUUAAAAGUAAGUGGGUAAAAACAUUUAAACAGUAAGUUUAUUAUUAAAACGCAAGGGAUCUAUUUUUUUUUUUUUUUAUUUAAUAGAAAAUAUUUUUCCCCAUUGAAGUUAUAGGCGUUAUUUCGAAUUUUCAAUAGGGACACAAACAUUUAAACUAUGCCGAUUUUUCUCUCUAACACUUCAUUUAUGUUAGGAAAUACGAAGGGAAACAUUAUAGCCUCAAUAAUUAUUCAGGAUUUUAAAACAUACUUAAUGUUUAUGAACUGUUGUAUUAGGAACAUUUUUCGUCUUGAAUAUUUCGUUAUAAUACAGUAAAUUAUGUUUAUGUUAAUAUUUUUCUGUAGACAACUUUUUACUAGUCAUUUUUCUCCAAUUUAUAAUGAUAGCAAUUUUUCUAAAAAGAAAUUUGACUCGGGAGAUACUUUAAGGAGUUAUUUUUCGAUUAUCUAAGAAGUUUUAUCAUUAAAUGUAAAAAACCAGGAAAAACAUGGGAAAGCCAAGAAAAACGUAGGAAAAUUGGUACAUUAAACAAAUAUUAUUAAAGAAAAUAUAGAAUGCCUAUUUUAAUAUUUUACCAUAAUAUGACAUAUAUAUUGUUGACAAAGCAUCACUAUCAAUAGAACUCAGCUCGGAAUCGUUUUUUCGUUAGCAAUGGUUUAUCGUUACUUACAGGUAUACAUUAAAUUACUUAUAACAGUGUAUGCACUCGACCCCAUCAUCCUAGGACGUCUUUUUUUUUAUACAAAUAGACACGCCUUUUUUUCUAUAGAUGUAUAUACAAAAAUACAUGUUCUAUGCCAAAAGAGCAAACAAAUAUCAAAAACUAUUAAAAUCGACCAUAAGAAAAAAAAAAUUAUACUUACAAUUAAAAAUUGUACGGGACAUUUCUUAAAUAUUCAAAUAAUGAUGCUGUACAGGACCAUAUUUAGUAUUUUGGCGCCCUCAGGCUACAACUAUUUCCGUACGUCCCCCUUCGUAUUAUCGUAUAAAUUUAAUUUGGAAAUAACUGAACACAAAAUUAAAAAAAAAAAAGUUUUAACCGUUUUUUCGGCGCCUCUAAAAAAUUGUGCCUCGGGCGAUUUCCCACCUGAGCCACUCCCUAAAUGCGGCCCUGACGCUGUAUUAUAAUAUAUUAAUUUUUAAUAGCUGUAAGUGUUAUUGUAAAUUGUCUUGGUUGAAAUUUAAUUAUUCUUCACAAGUACCAUUUCAAUAUGCACAUAACCUUUGUUGUUUAUGGAGAAUAACGUGAAAACAGCAUUUUAAAUUAUGUAAAAAAAAAACAUUAAGUAUUGCUGUUCUCUCUUUAUUCAUCCGCGCUUUUACGUCAGCCAACAAAUUCUACCAAACAGUUAAUAUAAUUUUCACUUAACACGGUUUAAAUACACGAUAAACACGAUUGUAUGCUUAAAAUACCGUGUUUACAAAAAUUGUUUGCGUGUCAAUGACACUUACCUAUAAUAUUUAAAAAAAAUAUAUCUUUGUACCCAAGAAAAAAUGGCUAGAAUCAUUUUUAUUUUUUUAACAACUUGCUUUUUUUAUCCGUAUUAAGGUUUAUUAAACAUAUGUGGCGUUUUGUUCAUGGUGAUUACAACGUUGAUUGCUGUAUUUAAAAAAGAAAAAGACUGCAUGUUAGAAGAUGACCACGUUAAACUCAAUACUUUUCAAAACUAUUUACUAAUCUGGGAUAUAUUAAAAUUACCAAGUAUCCGAAUAUUUGCAAUAGCGUUGUUUACAUCCACAGUAAGUAUAAUAUUAUAGCGAAAUGACUAUUGUUCACACCCAAACAGCCAUCAUAUAUUCAUAUUAUAAUAUGCGCGUUUAACAGAUUUAAUAACUACCGUCGAAAAUUCGUCCGGAGUCUGGACAUUGGUCGGAUGACUCGGACGAAUUUAUACGCAGCGGUGUUUUUUUCGAAUUACGUACUACAUACCUACACAAUACUCGUAUAAUUUAUUAUUAUUAUUAUUAUUUUUUUUUUGUAUAUGUUGCACGUUCUCCAGCUAUGUUGGUUCAAAAUAAAAAUAGUAUUUAUCUCACACAAAAACGCAUUACAGCUUUAUAAAAUGUAAAUAAUACGUUUUUUCACAUUUUAAAUAAUAUUUAUGACUACAUACCUAUAUUUUUAAUCGUGGAUUAUUAUUUAAUUUUUCUUUUUUUUUUGCUCAUCGCCGACUAUACCGGAGUUGUGUGGUCUAGUGUUUCUCAACCUUUUUACUGCCACGACCCCCUAAAUUAAUAUUUAAUUUUUUUAGCAACCCUUGAAUAUAUAUUUUACACAUGCCCAAUAUUUUAUAUUUUUGGCAAUCCUAAAUAAUUAGUUGUUGCUCUCGAAGGGAUCGCGCCCCCUAUGUUGAGAAACACUGGUCUAGUCGUCAGUUUUAGUUUUGUAGGUUACUGGUUGUGUUUGUACUGUGUUUUAUAAAAUUUAUUAUCUAGCAAUCUUUACGGUCGGGACAAGUCAGGCCGAUCGCGAUAGAAUAUGUAAAUAUUCUGAAAAACCAUUUAUAAGCAGUUUGAUUCGUACCGAUUUUAUUUAAAUAUGGAUUAACGUAUGAACAUAUACCGAUUAAAAUCGAAUAUUUUCGCCUUAAACAAACAUUUUACGUUUUAUUGAAAAAUAUAUAUAUUAUAUUUUAUUAACAAAUUUCGGAAUUGUGAUUACAAAUUUUUUCAAAUUAUGUAACAAAUUUUGGUACCGGUUUCGAUUUUCUACAACAAAAAUUAAGAAAUGCGAAUGCUGUUGACACGUGUUACUGGCAUCCGAGACGAAAAAUCGAUUUACCUUACCACGUUUACGGAUGUGAACAAUUGUCGAGAUUGCGAUUACAAAUUUGUACAAAUUGUACAGCAAAUUUUGGUACUGGUUUCAAUUAGGCAGUUUUUUCAAACAACUAUUUUAUAUGUUUCGCCAAACGGCCUAGGAAUUUCGUUUAUGUUCCGAAAAUUCGGAUGUGCCAAAAUCGUAUGUCUCGUUUUUAAUGUGAAUUACUAGUAAAAAUUAAAAUGUGCUUAUACCUAUAAUUUAUUAUAACGUUCGGUCCCUUCUGAAAUAAUAACAUCAACCUAACGACCUAGCUGCUAAGUCCUAUUGAAAAAAUAUUGUAAUUUUGUAUUUUAUUAUUGUAUCUAUACUUAUAAUAGGUAUUGGGUACUAAUCGAAAAUAUCAUACGUGUGCGUUAUAGGUAGCAUUUUCCGUAUCAGAACAUCUGGCAAAAUUAAAACUUGUUGACGCCGGUAUAUCAAAAGACGACAUGGUUGUCAUAGAGACAGGACUGCUCUUUGCAAAAAUGAUUAUACCCAUGGUUGUAGCAAAAUUCACUUCGGGUUUAAAACUAAUGAACAUAAACCUUAAAGCGAUCAGCAUCAGGUACAAAAUAAUUUUUUAUUCAAUUUUACCUAUACCUAACUUUUAAACAAUAUUAAAAUCCAAUUAUACCAACAGUGUACCUAUUUAUACAUACUAGUAGGUAAAAUUAUGAUAGUGAGUAGGUAGGUGUGUCGAACAAUUAUUAAUAAUAUUUGUAUGAUAGUAAUUUAUUUUUAGAUUCUGAGCAGAGCGAGGAAUGCAUCGGUUUUACAAUGAUAUUUAUUUUUUUUUUCUGUGAACAACUUUUCCAUCAGAAAUUUUCCUCAGAUUUUUAAGCGUAGCAUUUUUCUGAAUUAAAACCCGACUCAGGUGGUACUUAAAGGAUAUCAUUUUUUGAUUUUUCAGUGGAUUUUCCUAAUAAAACGGAAAAAUCGGAAAAACGAGAGAAAAACGGGAAAAUGUACGAAAUGUAUUAUUUACAAAUUGUAAAUAUUGCGACCUUUUAAAUAACUUGUAUAACCGAACUCUGCUCAGAAUUGUUUUUCGUUAGCAAUGAAAAUAUUUGCGUAUAAAUUUACAUUGAAUUUCACCUCUCACUCAACUUCUCAUCUGCAACAGUGGCUCACCCAUCGUGUGAAGUAUGUUCGUUAGGUUUUUUUUUCUUUUUAUUAAUUAUUAAUUUCAGGUUAUUUUGGAAUAUUGUAUAUGCUACGUUAAUUUAUUAUACACCUACAUUGAUAACAACGAACGGAGUCGUAAAUAUACCAAAGUACUAUUUUCCAAUUUUAGUAACAGUAUUAUUAGUAGAUACGGUAAGUACUAUAAUUUAAUAUUUUAUACAAUUAUACCCAAAUUCACAUAAAACCUGAAAAAAAAAAACAGACACUUAUGAUCAACUCAAUGGUGACAUCUUAACAGGGCCGGCGUUAUGAACUGCGAGGCUCUGGAUAAAUUAAUUUUUGCCAGAUAUUUUUUUUCAGCUUAGUCUCUAUUUUCUCCCCACUUAAUAAUUGUAAUAACACCCUACAAUUGGUCAUUGAAUGAAAUGCUGUUUGAUAAGACCACGCGCGUGUACGUGCUUUUCACAAAAACACCGUUACAUUUCUAAAAAUAUUAUUUUUCUAUUUUACUCCCAUUAAUAAUAAUAAUAAUUAUAGUAUCCUUUUUGAUGAGUCCACCAGCUUCUGAAAGAGGCUCGGCCCAGGACGUAAGCCCCGCUUGCCCUACCCUAACGCCGGUCUUGCAUACGUAUUUUAUUUAUCGAAUUCUAAAUUUAAUAAUGUGUAAAUUGAGUUUAUUAUAAUUUCACUUGAAUACUUCACCGAAAUAAGUACCUAAGUAACUACUUAUCAAAUAAUGGAUUUAUAGAUGCUGUCUCAUACCAUGGUUAUAGCGUAUUCAGCUUUCUUCUCACGGAUUAGUGACCCAAGGUUUGGCGGUACUUACAUGACGUUGUUGAACACCAUUUUAAACCUGGGAUAUUCACUUUCGGCGUCUACAGUGCUUAUAAUGGCUGAUGUUCUGACGUUCAAAAAAUGUUCAUUUGAUACCAUCGCUAACAAUUGUUCUACCUUAGAUCUCCAAAACGUAAGUUACACUAUAGAUUAAUUUAUGGAGAAAUAUUUUUACAUAUAAAAUGCAUAAUAUAGGUAUGUACCUAUGGUUAAUGAUUUAUCUUUCCCAACAAUAUACAGUAUACUUAUAAACUAAAUGAUCCUAUAUUUUUUAUUAUAUCCUAUCUACAGUGAUAGUGACCUACAUCUACUUACCAACGUUAUCACAUACGAGCAAUUCCGUAGCCAGAAAAAAAUGUCGGCACUUAAUUUUUUUUAUCUAGGUUUUGUUAAGGUAGAAUACUUAUCACCUGUUAUUUUAUAACUUCCUUACUCUCUUAACACUUAAAAUUUCUAUUCUCUUAAUUUAAAAACGUAAUGUUAAAACAAAGUUUGUAGUCUUGUCAGAAAACAUAAUAUAUUUUUUUCACAUAAUAAUAUAAACCAAUACAUUUUAUAAUAUUUAUAAUAGUACUACUAAUAAUAAAUUUUAUUAAUAUUUAUGUAAACCACAUUACAGCAUUACGAAAAAAAAAUCCGGGAGGGGGGACACGUGCCCCGAAUACUCCCGCCUGGCUGCGGCACUGUGUACAAAAAGCGUAAAAAUAAUGCUAGCCAUACAAAAUAUUUGCAACCACUGGAUUUUUAUGUUUGGUUUCAGUUUUUUUCUUUUUGCUUUAGAUGUGUAAAACAAACGGAGGUGAUUGCGCUAUAAUAGUUAACGGUUAUUACAUGGAAACAGCCGUGUGUACCGUCAUAGGAACUGUUUGGUACACUAUUUUUAAAAACGUCCUCCAAACACUUCAAACCAAGAGCUCGUCUCAUUGGAUAGUCAAUGUGGAAAAACCAGCCAAAGAAAAAAAUGAUAAAAAUGUGUAUGCUCUAACUAUAAAUUGAUGUAUGUACUUUAGAACUUUAAAAGUGAUUAUAAUAUGUUGCACG